UCCAACCGGCAGAGAGGGGGGUGCGGUGGUUGCCACUGCGCUUCCGUGUUACUUCCUUGUUCUUCUGUGGAAAGCGAAAAGUUUCACGAAAGAGACAAGUCCGGAAUACCGAUUUUACUCCGCUAACGAGUCGAGCUAACGAUAAAUGUUGGUGCCAAGCGUCUAAUUCCUCAUUCAUUGCUCCGAGCUGACAGAGAGUUUGGAGACAUGGCUGACAACCGAGAAGAGGAGACAAAAGAAGGAGACCAGGAGCCUCAGGGCGCCGUGGGUGGGGAAGAUGUAUUCGAUGAUCCCAUCCUGGAGCAAGGAGCAGUGGUCCUCAGAGGGUAUGUAAUUGAGCGUAUAAGCACAGAGGACCCUGGUCGACAAGUCUGCUCUGAGGAUCUGGGAGGAAGACCAAACGAACAACAGGAUCCACAAGUCAAAGAAGUAGUGGAACAGCUGCUCAAGAUUGCAGAUGAGAUGAACAGGAAUGCUGAGCUCCAACAGCUGAUCAACCAGGUUCAGGGGAACUGUGCACAGGACAUUUUCAUGAAGGUGGCCAGGAGUAUCUUUGCUGAUGGCAUUAACUGGGGUCGAGUGGUGGCUCUCUUUCAUCUGGCCUACAGACUCAUACACAAGGCACUGACGACCAAUCAUUUAGAGAACAUCAGAAUGGUCAUCAGCUGGGUUCUCCAGGUCAUCAGGGAGCAGCUCUACUCCUGGCUUGUACAGCAGGGAGGCUGGGAGGGGGUGAUCUGUGGCUUUUCUCGGUGGAGGACAGUAGCCGUAGUAGCAUCAGUAGUAUUGGUAGCAACCAUUGUUUACUACAGGAAGACACGCUGAGACCACAAGACCUCACAACCUUCCAGCCAGGGCUGCAGUCCCAUCUCCUGGAUAAAUGCAGCUUGUUAAUAAAGACAAUUUCUGGACAUUAAUUACAACCACUCCUCAACCUCCAUCUCAUUAACCAGAGGAGGUCAAGUACUGUAACUAGAGGCAGGAAAACCUCCUCACUUCUCAGGUUUCCAAGAACAAAAAAGUGCAUUUACAGCCAGCUGUCCACCAGGCCUCAUUGUCAUCCUUCACCAGCAACUAUCCAAUACCUUCCAUGACAUUAUGGGAGCUGCUGCAAUACUCCCUCCAGCCCCCAUGUUGGAGGUUCUCAGCUCUUGUGCAGCAGUGGCUGUCAGCAGAUGAUGGUGUUUAUGAACAUGGACGUAGGUGUAGAUGUCUUCAAACAGACCUGAGGACCUGAUCCUACCUAAACCAGGUCUUGGAUCUAUUCUUUAGGGACUUCAGCAGUUUUGGGUGGGAUCCACCUUAAAGUUCUCCAGGUCUUGGGUAUGAGGAAAAUUUGGAUUAGUCCUGUGAGGAUAUGGAAAGACCUGAAAAAAGUCCCAACAACAAAUGCUGCAUCUUAAUUCAGCCAAUCAAAACUCCACUAGUUACUGACUUGAAUGUACUAUAGUUUCAUCAUGUUAGCGUGUGUCUCAGGUUUUAAUAUUGUUGUACUUUGAUCAAAAGGCAGACAUGUUGGCUCAUGAGCGAAGCAGGUUUUCCUGACUGAGAGCAAGGUAAAGUAACAGAGGCCAACAGUCUAUACCAUCUUGAAGCAAAUUCAUGUGAACUACUCCUCCUAUUUUUUUUUUUUCUUUAAAUGGCCAGGGCCAUCUCAAGUUCAGGUAUAUUCAAGACAGUCACUAGUCUAGGUCCUCAUUAAUACGUAUACAUUUUUCAUAAUUUGAAGACCCUCGCAGAAUCUAAGUGUUGCAAAGUGGGAGGAGGACCCGGUUUAAUAACUAUAAAUGUUCACACUCAAAAGCUUUGUUUUGUUUUUUAAUAAUAUCUUUAAUGUUCCUCAACACAGAAACAGGGAUGUCUUGGUUAAUGCAACAAUACCCUAAGUUUAUAUCAUGACUAUACAUUUGAAUUAAGAAAUCAGAGAUGUAGCAAAUUCAGAGUGAUGUCAUUGCAUGAAAAGUACUUUAACAUUGGCUGCAUGCCAUUUAGUCUUGCCCUUGACUUUUAAAAAGAGUAAAGCAGUUAUUAAUUUCAUGAGUUUCACCUGUGCUUCUAGUUAUGACUAGUCAAAUAUCUGCUGUGAAAAAGGACUAUUUCCAACAAAACACAGUAUCAGAGUUGUUGCAUUAAUCUAACAUUGUAAAUCCUUUCACCUCACAAUUGUGUAGAUGUGGUGACGAUGACAUUUUCACUUUAUUCCUGCUGUUGAUUGUGUGUUUACGGAGAGUCACUCUAUUAGCUAACUAACUAUUGUAUGUGGUCAGGUGACCAUCACUGUACUGUGAACAUAUCUGAAUUGCACACUGACCCAGGUAUCUUGGUGAAUCUCUCUAGAACUGUAGAUUCAUGUUCAUUCAUUGCCCACGCAACUGUCAUUGUAAAGAGUUUUUAUAUGUUGGAUCAUGCUGAGAUCAUUCUGUAGUGUGGACAGUACUAACAGCUUUUUGAAAACACUGAUCAGUGAGUUACAGACAUGGCUGUAUUGUUCUCUGUGCAAUGUUAAGAAGCUAAUUUCUAUUGCCUCUUUCUUUCUAUGAUUUUCUUGCUUGUGUGUAAAUGUUGUCAGUCACACAACGCAUGUGACAAAUGUUCCAGUUGUCAGACACCUGCAUGAGUAUAAUAUAGUAAUCUGACUGAGGAACUUAAUGCAGCAGCCUAGAAACUACUGUUAGUCUUAGUUAGAAGGUGUGUGACAACCCCCUUUAAAUCACUGUCACUACAGGCAUCUGACAUCAGAAACUGAAAGAUGUUAGUGUUCUCAAAGGCUACAGAACAAACUGUGGAGCUUUAACCUACUGACAGAAAACAGAGUAAGCACCUACAGUAACUGUUGGUCAUAAUGUUGUUCAGUAUCAUGCCUUUAGUUGUUUGACAACUGAGUGAGAAGGAGGAAGAGACUCAACAGUUUUAGAACUAUCUUUCUCUUCCUGUUGUCUGUCACUGUUAAUGGCAAUAUUUUAAAGAUCAGUCUGAAAAUUGAAAACAUGAAUGCAAGUUCCCUUUUUGUCACAUGAAAGCAGUGUUCUCCAGUGACAUUAUUGCCACUUGAGCUGAGAUGGUUACCUGUGUCACAUUUAACUACAUAUGGAGAUGCACAGGGUAGUUCAUUGUAAGAGUUGCUUUUGCUUACAAUAAUGCAGAAUAGUACUACUCAUCCAACAUCACAGUCUACCUAUCUUUUUCCAGCCUGAUUGCUUUGUACAGUAUUUCAACUUAAUUUUCACACACCACCUUCUCCAAUGAAGCUGGUAGGUUUUUAAACCCACAACACCUCUGUAACUCUUUGCAAAAAAGAAAGAAAAAGAAAAAAGCAAUUUAUGUCCUUUAGUUUUUACAUUUCUAAUAUUCUCUGUUUCAGUACUUUAAGUAAAAAACAUGAGGAGAGGGAACAGACUAAGUACCAGAGACCAUUCUCUGUAGCUCUAUGGGAAAACUGGUAGAGGUAAUUAUUUAAACUGAUGCUUUUUACUUAUUUCAGUGUGUAAGGGUCAGAUGAUUUGAUGGAAACUGGUUGAUUUUGGAUGAUUUGUACAGGAACAGUGAGUGGCUUACAGCAGGCCUAGGUGCUGUUAUCUAGUACCACAUGAGCUUGUGUCAGUUAUUUUUGCUGUCAAAUUGAUUGUGCACUUUUAAGAUGGAAUUCACACUAUUUAUCUGCUGUUUUAGGAUGGUUUGUAAAUGACAUGAUGAUUAUUUAGAAAUAUUUUGGUUGGACUCUAUUUCAAUGAAUAAAUUUCAAAUAUGGUAUACCA